GUGCAGCUAGAAAGAAUAGACCAAUGAAUUUUUAUGAGCCUUUACAUUUGGUCUGUUCUUUUUCGGCGCACUGCUGCAUUGGUGCAGUAAGUUAGAAUGAGAAAAAAUAUAUUUAUCUUACUUUAACUUGUUGCACCAGUGUAGCAGUACAACUAAAAAGAACAGCCCUAUUGUCAUAUUCGUCGUGUUUUCUUUGUGUUUGGAACCACCUGCGUCCUGUCAAGUGCUGGACAUCGCCGGUCAAGACUUCGCGAUGCGAAGUGAAAACCGCGAUAGUGGAAAAUGGGUUUCAUCGAGGACACUAUCGUGAUUCUCGUAACACAGUUAUAUUUUGGAAAAGUUUCUUGUUAUACUCUCAAUAAGCAUUGAUUUCUUGUGGAUUAUUAAUAUCUGUGGAUUUUUCUACAUAUAAUUAUGAAACUAACUGAACUAUAAAAUGUAAUUUUCUUCUUAGGAGGAUGGGUGUUCUUUGUGAAAAAAUUAUUCAGGGAUUAUGAAGUCCAUCAUAGACUAGUACAACUAAUUUUUUCAACAACGUUCUCGUUAUCAUGCACCAUGUUUGAAUUAAUUAUUUUUGAAAUAGUAGGAGUGCUCGACUCAAGUUCUAGAUAUUUCCAUUGGAAUGCUGGUCUUUAUAUGCUUCUAUUUAUGGUGAUAGUGCUGAUCCCAUUUUAUAUAGCAUAUUUUAUUAUCAGUAAUAUCAGAUUUGUGAGACUGAAUCUAAUACGGCCAUUGACAGUUGUUAUAUAUUUUUUCUAUCUUUACUUGUUCUGGAAAGUGGGUGAUCCUUUCCCCAUACUAAGUCCUAAGAAAGGAUUGCUGUCUAUAGAGCAAGGUGUUAGUCGAAUAGGUGUUAUAGGUGUCACAGUAAUGGCCCUUCUGUCAGGUUUUGGUGCUGUAAAUUAUCCAUAUACCUCGAUGGCUUAUUUUAUGCGUCCAGUUUCUUACGCGGACGUACAAUCUAUAGAGAAACGAUUGCUGCAAACUAUGGACAUGAUUACCGCAAAAAAGAAAAGAAUUACAUUGGCUAAAAAAGGAGAAGCUGAUGGACAAACCGAAACUCGAUCUCGAUUAUGGGGAAUGUUGGGUCCAUUAGGUGGUACGAAAGGAAACCAAGAAAGUAUCAAGCAAUUACAAAUUGAAGUUACUGCGCUAGAGGAGUUAUCGCGACAAUUAUUUUUAGAAGCACACGACAUACAAAAUGCAAGAGAACGUUUGGAAUGGGCUGCCACUUGGCAAGGAAAAUAUUUUAAUUUCCUAGGUUAUUUUUUCUCUUUAUAUUGUACUUGGAAGAUAUUCAUUUCUACAGUCAACAUAGUGUUUGAUCGAGUCGGGAAAAAGGAUCCUGUAACUAGAGGCAUCGAGAUUGCAGUGCAUUGGAUUGGUUUCAAUAUCGAUGUUACAUUUUGGUCACAACACAUUUCUUUUUACCUCGUUGGCUGCAUUGUUGUAACAUCCAUACGUGGAUUAUUGUUAACUUUGACAAAGUUUUUCUAUGCCAUAUCGAGCAGUAAGUCGUCAAAUAUUAUUGUACUUAUACUUGCACAAAUAAUGGGAAUGUAUUUUGUAUCUUCUGUACUUCUUAUGCGGAUGAAUAUGCCGGCAGAGUAUCGUAUUAUAAUAACGCAAGUGUUAGGAGAAUUACAGUUCAAUUUUUAUCAUAGAUGGUUUGAUGUUAUUUUCUUGGUAUCAGCGUUAUCAUCAAUAGUGUUUUUAUAUUUAGCCCAUAAACAUGCACCAGAACGCAUAUAACGAAAUAAAAAUACUUUUUAUUGAGAAAAA